AUGGGUUUAUUAGACCCUGCUGCUGCAGAAGCUACAACUUCAUUCCUUGGCGUGAAUUUAUGUAAGUAUAUGGGAAUUCAUAGCUUAAUUGUGGAGGGCGAUACACAAGUGGUCAUAACGGCUGUGCAAAAGCAGGACCCAACAAACAGCAGAUACGACCAUCUAGUUGAAGAUACAAGGACAGUGAUGAGUUCUUUCCUUCGAUGGCAGGUUUGUCACCUGAGCAGGGAUGCAAACAAAACGGCUCAUGGUUUAGCGAAGGCGGCAACAAGAGAUGUCAUUAAUAGGAAUUUGAUUGAUAUGACUCCUGACUGUAUUUGUGACAUUGUUUUGACGGAACUUUCUACUUUCAUUUGA